AUGAAGAACGAUACACCAUAUAGCGAGGAGCCCAUGGCCAUGGCUUCUGUCCCAAACGACACCGGACUCGGACCGGACUUGAUAUUUCUACUACCACCAGAGUUGAUGGACAUGGUUUUCUCAUAUUUAUCUGUAUUAUCUGGAGCCAGUCUUGCAAUGACAUGCAAGGUAUACUACAAACAGUUCGGAUUUAUUCUCAAAAGACCCGAACUGAAGUGCCCUAGGCCCAUCAACAAAGGCGAGCCAAGCAUCCCACUGGAGCAAUAUCUCAUCAACCCAUCGACUGGAUUCUACCAGAGAACUGAGCUGCUUCUUCCCCUUGAAUCCGACAAAUUGACAUUCUGCGGCGAAUGCAACUACUUAUAUCCGUCCAAUCAGUUCAUUUGGGAUUCAGGUAUGACUAUGAGAUGGCACAUUCGAGAUGGUAUCGAUAGACACCAAAGAGAGCGGCUUUUCUCUAUCGUGGACGACGGGUCUGGAUCUGAGGAAUACGAUUCCCAGCCUCUUCGGUACAUAACCUUCUGGGGUGCAGAACUUGGAGAGCUAGUGCAGGAUAUGGAGAUUUUGGAGACAUGUAAUGACCGUAUCACGCUUGAACUGGAUUAUACGUUGUGCCAUCGCUACAACGAGAAUCGUCUAUACAGCCCAAAGCAGGUACAGCCCAUCAUGGUUUGUCCGCACGUUAAUGUCGUUGAUUGA